UAUUGUGGGAUGGCAGGAAGAUGGCGGCGCAUGGAAGGCGUGCUCUGCUAGGGGUGGCGGGGGGUUGGCGGCGGUUCGAGAGGCUGUGGGCCGGCAGCCUAGGUUCUCGCAACCUGGCUCUUGCGGCCGCACCCUCAAGCAGCGGGUCCCCGUGGCGCCUGUUGGGCGCGUUGUGCCUGCAGCGGCCACCGCUAGUCUCCAAGAACCUGACCCCAUUGCAGGAAGAGAUGGCGGCUGUGCUUCAGCAGAUUGAGAGAGAGAAAAGCCUGUAUUCAGACCAUGAGCUUCGUGUUCUGGAUGAAGCCCAGCAACAGGCAAGAAAGAAAGCUGACCUCUAUGAUGAAGAUGAACAGGAUAUAUUGCUGGUGCAAGAUUUGGAAGAUAUGUGGGAGCAGACAUUUUUACAGUUCAAACCUGGAGCUCGCAUAACAGAAGCUGAUGAAAAGAAUGACCGAACUUCUCUGCACCGGAAGCUAGACAGGAACCUUAUCCUUUUAGUCAGAGAGAAGCUUGGAGACCAGGAUGUUUGGAUGCUGCCCCAGGCGGAGUGGCAGCCUGGGGAGACCCUCAGAGGAACAGCUGAGCGAACUCUGGCCACACUCUCAGAAAACAAUAUGGAAGCCAAGUUCCUAGGAAAUGCACCCUGUGGGCACUACAAGUUCAAGUUCCCUCAGGCAAUGCGGACAGAGAGUAACCUUGGGGCCAAAGUAUUCUUCUUCAAAGCACUACUACUCACUGGAGACUUUUCCCAUGCCGGGAAGAAAGCCCAUCAUGUAUGGGUCAGUAAGGAGGAGCUGGGUGACUAUUUGAAACCAAAAUACCUGGCCCAGGUUCGGAGAUUUCUUUUGGACCUCUAAUGGACUGAACUGUGUGUGAACAAUGCUCAUCCAAGUCUGGGAUUAGGACCUCAAGGACCUUGUGUGGAUGACCCUCAUUUGUAGGGAAUACCAAGCAGCAAACUAAAUUCUGAGAAAUAAAUGAGUCUCUUAUUGUGUUCAUCUCA